UAAACACAGAUUGUGUUCUCAGUUUGAGCUUAAUUUCAGUGAACGAAGUUUGCCAUCCUGCUUCCUUGCCUUGUAUCGCAACAUACCUUUCCUCACAGCUAGUAUUGUGAACGUUUAUAGUAAAACAUCCAAAAUGAUGCCCAUGAAAAGAACAGUACUCAAGGGGCUCCUUGCUGUACUCCUGCAUUUAUGCCUUCUGGAGAACAACCUCGUCCGCGCCAGGCCGACCGGCGCGCCCGUUGAAUCUUAUCCUGAGAUAUGUAACACUUUGACACCAGGUCAUGGUAUACCAGCAUCAGUUUCCGAGAGUCCAUAUUCCAUAAUCGUGGCGAAUGAAACUUACAAACCUGGAGUGGAUUUCACCGUCACGAUCAACACGGAUUCUGGUAGUCCAGGAUUAAAAGGGAUCUUCCUUCAAAUGCAUGAGGCGGUCACUCACGAGAUCAUUGGUUCGUGGUCCGUCAUGGACUCGGGCAACUUCAAGACUGUAUCGUGUAAUGAACAGAACGACAGCGCUGUGACUCAUCAGAAUUCCGUCGUCAAACCGUCAACGAAUACCUUCACAUGGACUCCACCCGAUAUGGGAGGGCCAGAUAUAUAUGUGGCCGCUACUUUUGUGCAAACUCACCAAACGUUCUGGGUAAAUGUGACAUCACUGAUAAUUCCCGACGAUCCCUGCAGUGGCAACGCAUGUAUGAAUGGAGCGACAUGUGUCCCAGACGCUGAUGGCGGAAACUACACAUGUACUUGUUCUGAUGGAUUUGCCGGUCCAAUGUGUAAUUUAGACGAUCCCUGCAUUGACAACAUGUGUAUGAACGGAACGACAUGUGUCCCAGACGCUGAUGGCGGAAACUACACAUGUACUUGUCCGGAGGGAUUCACUGGUCCAAUGUGUAAUUUAGAAGUAGACCCUUGUCUAAGCAAUGAAUGUAGCAACAACGCAACGUGUGUGCCUGGAACUGGGGAAAUAAUGUACACCUGUACGUGCGCAGAAGGAUUCACUGGGGCUCUCUGUGAUGUAGAAGAAGGAGGAGAUGCAGUGACUACCCCAGCCGCUACAACAGCUCAAGGUUCAAUUCUUACAUACAACUUUCAACUCGCAGUCUCAGCUUUAUGGCUUGUGGUUAUCAUAAACAAAGUGAUCCUCGCUUGA